AUGACUGAAGAGGAGAACUUCCAAUGCGGCAAAUGCUCCAAAAGCCUGAUUGGUCAGCGAUACAUUCUGAAUGCGGAGACGCCCUACUGCAUCGAGUGCUACGACGCCAACUUUACGAACGUAUGCGCCGCCUGCGGUGAACGAAUCACCUCAUCCUCCAAGGUAAACCCAGUUUACACCACCCCCCAAUAG